CGUAGCGCGUAUAACGUAAACGACGUUUCAUCACCGUAUCGAGUCAGCCUAGUUUCCACAGACACAAUAACUGAAGGCCGUGACGAAUUCCUUACAUCACGGGUUUGGUGACUAUCCAGUACCAGCUGGAGCGGAAGUGUGCGGGUGUGAACUUUGAUCCCAAUAAGUAAUUGCGUGGGCGGAAGUUCGGGAAGAAGAAAUGAGUUUCAAGUCAGCAGUGGCUAGUGUUGUAGUGUAGUGAUCGUGAGUGUUUUCCUCUAAAAGUGUUUUGCUAGUUCCAGUGUUGUUUACAAGGCUGUUUUAAUUAAUAAGUAUCUAGUACUGUUGUGUAACUUACUCUUGUGAUUUUUCGCAAACUUGAAAUUUGGUUCAAAGCGAGAAAUAUAUUUUGAAAACUAUUCCCACAUUUACUGAUGAUUUCUAUUGUUAUCGAUCGUAAUGUCUUGCAACUCAUAACCUCAUCAAUUUAUUCCGGGUAAACCAUCACUACUCAUUGAUAACAACAAGAAAGGUGACGUAUCUAUGACAGUUGUUUACUAGUGGAGGGGCGUGGCCUCAGAGAAACUCCCGCGAUGGCGUCUCGUGCCUCAAGGACGUUACUGCUUCUACAAUGUUUACAUCUACAGCUGAUCUCUAGUCAAUACUCUGGAGGGAGACCUAUACAGCCAGAGGGUAGAGAGGUGUUCACGCUACCUCCCCCUGGUGACCCCAACUACAGGACUUAUAUCUACAACAAUCGCAGGUACGGCCAAGCGCUGCCACCUAGAGAGUUCAUCCCUUCAUACAACAACCCCCAACUGCCCAACCCCAACAGUUACGACCCGACCAUCAACCGGGGACUGCCACCGGGGGAGGACCCCAACAGAUAUAUGUUCAAUCAUGAAUUAGGCCAGUUAAUUCCUCUUCCGGGGGUGCUCGGCAAAUGGAGGCCUGACUUGCAAGGCAAGCAAAGAGACAACUGGCAAUCGCUAGAGAGGGAUGUAAUCGUCGACACUAAGUAUGGAAAGGUGCAAGGCUUCAAAACGUACCUGUACGACAACCCCGACCCCAAGUCAGGUUACAGGCCGGGCCAGACUGGGCAGGUUGAGAGGAUACAGGGGAAAGUUGAUGUUUUCCUCGGCAUCCCUUACGCUGUCCCGCCUAUCAAAGAGGGUCGAUUUAGGCCACCCAGGCCCCACCGAGGCUGGGAGGUGAUACAAGCUGUAGACUUUGGCCCAGCUUGUCCUCAGCCUACCAGGUUUACUGGAGCCACCAAGGGCAUCCGAGACAUGGACGAGGACUGUCUCUACCUCAACGUCUACUCUCCUACGACGGUGUCAGGUCUGGCCAAGCAGUACCCAGUCAUGUUCUACAUCCAUGGGGGAGAGUUCAGCAAAGGAGCUUCCAACCUGUUCCCAGGACAUGUCCUGGCAGCCUUCUACGAGGUGGUGGUUGUCACAAUCAACUACCGUCUUGGGGCUCUUGGUUUCUUGAGCACAGCAGACGCCAAUUCUCCGGGUAACUACGGCAUCCAAGACAUGUCAAUGGCGCUGCGAUGGGUCUACGAGAACAUUCAGUUCUUCAACGGAGACAGAGAUGGCAUCACAGUGUUUGGCCCGGACGCAGGAGCUGCGGCUGCCGGACUGCUCAUGGUCAACCCUAGAUCUAGAGACGUAAUCGCCAGAGUAAUUGCUCAGAGUGGGUCUGCAACAGCAGACUGGGCGUUGACUGUAGACAGGUACCGAGCCCAGAACACCAGCAGAGUGUACGCCAUGCGGCUGGGCUGUGGCAUUGAGAGCUCUUACAAGCUGGUUGAGUGUCUGCGACAUCGCAGCUUCUAUGAGCUGGGCAAUGCUGAGUUUGAGCCCCAGGUAGGCAUGUUCCCGUGGGGUCCGGUGCUGGAUCUCAACUUCACAGUCCCGCGGGACACGUGGUACGAGGGCUGGAGAGAACAAGACUGGCGCUUCACCAACUUCACAGCAGAGCAGUACAUCAGGCAAGGCCGCUUCAACAGAGGGCUCUCCUACAUGACUGGGGUCACCACGCAGGAGGCAGCGUUUGUCAUUUAUAACAAUGAUUCUCUGGCACCACUUUACGAAGUUGAUGAACGAUUCUUUGAUCAGAAGAUAAAAGAGUUGGUGUUGCGAUACAACUACACUCUGAAUCAGAAAGGGAUCUAUGAAGCUAUCAAGUACAUGUACACUUACUGGCCUGACCCAACAAAUAAAACUCAUCUUCGCGAACAGUACAUACACAUGUUAUCAGAUUUCUGGUAUCGAGCGCCUGUUGACCAAAUUGUCAAACUGCUGGUGGAGCAACAUGUUCCAGUCUACAUGUACGUCCUCAACACCACCAUAGAGGCCUUCAGGUUCCCAGAAUGGAGAAAAUAUCCUCAUGAUAUUGAACACUAUUUGCUGACUGGUGCACCCUUUAUGGAUAUAGAGUUCUUCCCAGCAAAGCCGCGACUAGAACGCACAAUGUGGACAGAUAAUGAUCGCAACAUGAGCCAUUUCUUCAUGAAAGCCUACAGCAACUUUGCCAGAUUUGGUAACCCCACCCAGACCCAGAUCCUGGGGUUGCACUUUGAGAUGGCCAGGGAUGGUUUGUUGAAGUACCUCAGUGUCAACACUACGUUCAACUCAAGUGUUCAGCUCAACUAUCGCCAGACUGAGAGUGCCUUCUGGACCUGGUACCUGCCUACAGUAGUCGGCUACUUGGUGCCUACGUACCCUCCUUCCACUGAGUAUUGGUGGGAGCCCAAAGAACCACUACAGAUUGCCUUCUGGUCCAUGUCCACGGUAAACCUGGUCUUGGUGGUGCUUAUAUUUAUCUUCUGCAUUCUCUGGAGGAAUGCAAAAAGAGAAUCACUGUACUACAAUGGGGACAUGCUGAUGAUGUCCGAAGGCGACCGGAUGGAAGGCAUCGAGAACAACAUCCAGAGUCAUCAGCGGAGCACCAGUAACAUCUACAGCAUGGAGUACCGGGAUGCCCCCGCCAAGCAGCCCCUACCUCGGCGGACACCUUCCAACCCCUCACUGCGGACAGGGAGCAACACCUCACUCAGCAAGGAGGUGAGCAACAGCCCCGCCGGGCCCAGGAAGAAGACAACCCCGGUGGCCGCCAAGCGGUCCAUCACCAAGGUGGAUAAGGUGGGCGUCCCACAGACUGAUGUGUGAAAACCCUGGCGGAUGUGACCAAAACAAAAAUUGUGCUAAGCACAAAAGUUGGUUAAAACUUGUUGGUGACCGUAGUUAAAAAACUAUAAACACUUUUUCCGUAAACAAUUUUGGCUUGGAAAUUAGUUGUCGGAUAUCCCAUAGCAUUCACUGAUAGGACCCCAGAACUUAAAGACCAUUGCUAAAUUUGAUUAAACCUAAGUAUAAACCUAGGAUUAGGCUCUAGUCUAGGGUUGUUUUUCACGUUACUUCAGGCCAUGCCUUGGACAUCAUCACUAAAGAAAAUGCAUUGGUGAUUAGCAAUAUUUGAACUCGGGACCUCGAGGACCAAAGCUCCGUGCUCUACCACUAGACCUGCUCUCUCCCUAACAUAAAAACUUAAGAUAAACCUAGGUUAAAUGCAUGUACUUGAAUGUACCACAAAACUAGGGUUUUUUUCUCUACAAGAACAUUAGCAACUGUUUGGACUAUUACAAUUUAAUUAAAGCAACCCUCACUUGUGAGUUGGGUACUUUAAACUAAAUAUGGGUAUGCGUUUAGAGACAUCUUUGGGUACUUUUGUUACUGAAUAAAACCAGCUAUUUUAAUAUAGAUUAAUUUUUUUAUCAUAAAAAAUCUACUGUAUUUGAAUGCUGAUAGAGUCCUUAACAAUCAAGUGUUGGCCCAACAUUUGUUCUUGUUCUGUUAACAUUCUUAUAUAGAAACAAUCUUCUAAAACUAAAAGCAAUCAAAAUUGAAAGAAAAAAUUAGCCUACAGAAACACACUUUAAUGUUAUUGCACAUAACUAGCCUCAGAGCUUACAAGGCAGCAGGAAGAUCACUUUCAGUUUGUUAUCUAAUAUCAGUGACAAGACCUACAUCCAUUAUAGAGUUGUUGUUUUCCCUGUAUUUUGUUUAAAGGAACAUCAAACUCAUGUUCCGGUAAUUUUGCAUUAUUAAUUUGUAUUGCUUCAAGCUUUAGUAUCUUACUAAAUUGUUAAUAUUGUAACUGAAAGCCACAUGGCAGCCUUAAACUUAUUGUUUGCCUUAAACAGGACCUAACAGCCCUUUUUACCUUGUUAAAAGCUAUUUCCUUGUGAAAACAUGCAUCAAUUUAUGAGGCAGAGUAUUAUCAACUAAUCAAUGAACGAUUUAAUAAUUUUUAUUUUGAGACUUACACUCACUUUUUCCAUCGCAAUGUGUUCAUUAAAUUAAUGUGAUAUAUUGUAUAUUUGUUUUAGUUUAAUUAUUUAGAGAUAUUUGUAAAGAUUUAUUUUAAGAUGUUUAAUUAGUAUUUGUAUUUUAUCAAAUAAGUGUUUUAAUAUUUUGUAUAUCCCUGAUUAACAUUUUUUAUAAAUAUGGUCAUUUUAGGUACUGUAUCAACAAUUCAAUAUUUUGUUAUUU